GGCGUUUUCAAGUUUGACAACUUCCUUGAUCAAACAUGGCGGCGAACAGAAGGAAAUUAAUAGCUGCUGGACUAAGUUGUGUGUCUUCGUUCAUUAACAGGAGCGUUUGCUGUCAGAGCCGCCGGAGAAUCGCUGUGUUGCCCACAGUCUUGAGAAAACACUGGAUGACACUGAGUGUCACAGGAGCUCUGUGUGCUGUUCCCUUCAUACAGAAACCAGAAAGUCUAUCGCAUGAAGAGCUGGUACGAAGAUCAUUAUCUCUGGUUACUGACAGCUCUAAUUCUUUCCUAUCACAAACCACCCUAGCACUGCUCGAUUCCCUCACAUGUUAUGUAAAGGCAAUUAGCAGUCUUAUUACGUUACACAACCACUAUUUGGAAUCCAUCAGCAAAGUUAGCCCUGCAGAAGAGGAGGCUAUUUGGCAAUUCAUUCUUAUGCAACGUCAAGAGAUAAUUCAGAAGAAGAAAGACUGUGAAAGAUUUGAAUCCUUCUGGAUGACAGCCAUAAAUCUCUCAGAGGUGGCAGCAGAGGCAGCCUUCAAUGCAGGUGCCGAUCAAGCUUCUGUAACAGUACGGGCUAAUCUACAGGUUUCACAGUCCCAGGUAAAACAUGCUCAAAAGCUGUCCAUAGAGGCGGAGAAAGAACUCAACGCCUCUAAAGCUGUUGAUGGUAGGAGGCUUCAGAAUUCCCAAAGCACCGGAACAGAGGAAGAUGAGGACAUCCCAGAUGCAUAUCUGCGAGAGGAUUAAUGACAUUUAGUCAUUUAGCAGACAUGACAUUAAUUAAUGACGUCAAGAACAUUUUGAGUAAUGUGACAAUUCCAAAGUCAAAACCAGCUCUGUUUAACAAUGGAAACAUGACUAUGUUCAUGUCUUGAGUAAUAUUCCUUAACAUGACUCGAGACAAAUGAUGUGAAAUAAUGAUUUGCUUUUAUAUUAUCUAAUGAUGAAAUUAAAUAUGUCAUAAGUCAAUCAGAAUUUAAAUGAAUAAAAAUAAAUACUUAGUAAAAUAAAUAAAUACCUAUUAUAAUUAAAAACAUUUACUUCUUGUUUAAAAAAUAUUUGUUUUUUAUGCACUACGAUAAGCAAAAUAUUUAUGAAUUAAAAUUCUUUCACGUU